AUGCGAUCUAGAGCAGCUGCCACACUUGCGAAUGGAUUACCCAGGCGUGGGAGACAGUUCUCGACAUCAAGGCGGUUAAACGCAGAUUUUACUCAUGCCGUGAUCGGGGCAGGUGUUGUUGGACUCGCGGUAGCACGGCAGCUGGCGGGCAGGCAAGGCGCGUCUACCAUUCUGCUUGAGAGGCAUGGUGCUGUGGGCACCGAAACAAGCAGUCGAAAUUCAGAGGUCAUACACGCUGGUCUUUAUUACGGCACAGACACGUUAAAGACAACUUUGUGCUUAAAGGGUCGGGAACUCCUGUACUCUCUCUGCCAGAAACAUAACAUCCCCCAUCGCCGUACCGGCAAAUGGAUUCUUGCGCAAAACGAGCAGCAAUGGGACGAAUGCCUUAAGCUUCACUCCCACGCAAAGAAUAUAGGCGUACCCACGCGUUUCGUCAGCUCUGAGGAAGCGGCGAGGAGAGAACCGGACGUGCAGGCGCUCGGGGGCAUAGUGGAGUCCCCAACCACAGGAAUUGUGGACAGUCAUGCUCUAAUGACAUAUUUACACGGUGAUUUCGAAGACAGAGGCGGUGACUGUAUAGUCCAGACCGCCGUUACGGAUAUCCAGCCUGUGAAUGGCGGGAAGGGUGGGUAUCGAAUAUAUACCGGCUCUGGGGGUGCGUCAGAAGCCUCUAUCACGACAGAAACGGUCAUCAAUUGCGCAGGUCUCGAGGCAUGCAGAAAGACACCGGAAAACUUAUUAUGCGAAGGGGACAUAUUUCUCCUACUCAGCAUCGGCCCCGAAACCGAAUACACUCCUAUAUCCAGCGCCAAACCCAGGGCUGGGAGGACUGGGAACGCAUUUAACGUUAGACAUGGCGGGACGUGUACGCUUUGGGCCGGAUGUGGAAUGGGUUAG